UACUUAAAAAAAAGGAAAUGCACAAAAUAAAUUCAAUUCAAUAAAAAGAAAAUUGAAUACACAUCCACAACCACAGGCCAAGAAUAAAACCUAUAUUAUCAUAUAUAUCUCCGGCCGCCAUGUUUCUCGUCGAGAAAUCUCAAUUAACUUCCCAUUUCAAAUCUAAAUUCACCAAAAAACCACCUUCAACCACCACCAAAUUCUAUCAACAACAAGCUGCUUCUAGAUCUUUAUAUGAUGAAAAAAUCAUUUCACAUCUCAAAACCCUAACGCCGUUACCUACUUCUAGUUUCACCUUACAAUGGAUCUCUAACGCCGUUAACUUCCUAACUAAGGUCCACACCGACUCCGUAACUCAUAUCUCCAGCUUGAAAUCUGUUCAAUCUGAUUAUUAUCAUGUUUUAUAUAUGGAUUAUAGUUUGAAAGUACUGGAUCUAUGUAAUUUGAUGACGUCAGCUGUUCAGAAACUUACCGAGCGUCGGAUGUUGAUGAAGCUGAGUCUCCGGUUGAUAGAUUCGAGCUCCUCCGGCGAGGCUCCGGCGUCGGAAAAGGUGAAGAAAGCUAAAGACGUUUUGAUGAGAUCUGUUGGUGUAGAUCUGGCACCGGAGGUUGAAAAAGCUAAACGAGCUAAGGAUUUGAUCGGAGAGUUGAUUGAAUUGAUUUCCUCCGGUGAGAUUCCGGCGCCGGAGAAGGUAGAAAAGGAUCAUCAAUCUAAAACGUUGAUCGGUAAAUCUGAGCCGUUGAUUAGGAAAGAUCUGAUCGGACGGACGUUGUACGGAUUAGGUGUAUUGACUGUAUUUGUAAGUAAUGUUUUAGUUUCUGUAUUAUACGGAAGGUUAGAUAUAGAUAUAGAUACAAUAGAUGAGAUCCGAGUUCCGGCUGAGUUUGGUUGGGCUGACUCGGUCAACGAUAUGUUUGACCAGAUAAAUUCAAAGAAAGGAUUACUAAAGGAGGUUAAAGAUGUGAGUGACGUCAUCGGAGACGGAAGUGAGGAGCGGUUGAUAAACGGUGGAGAAGAGCUCAAGAAGGUGGUCGGAAAGUUCUCUGACGGUGUAGAUGAGUUGACUAACGGAGUUAACGGUUUGUUUAGGUGUGUGAUGAAUACGCGUAAUGGUGUGUUAGACGGCGUUAGAAAGUGUGUGUGAUGUGAUGUGUUUAUAUAUAUUUUGUUUUUAUUUUUCCUGUGUAAUGUGUUAUUGAUUGUACCAAAAGCGGUGGAAUAUCUAAAUGACAUGAAUUAUUACGUAA